UGCAGUGUUCCCAUGCACGCCCCAUUGUGUUACCUGUAUAAACACGGACACUGAGUCGAUUGCGUGUUAUUCAUUCGCCAAUGUUGACCAUGACCGGGAAAGUUAUUCUGCUGGGACUCCUGCUCGUCUGUGUUUUUGCAGGCACAAAGACGUCUGCAGUCAAAAGAAAGCCAAACUGUCCUAAUACAGGCAGUCCAGACCAGGCUAUGCCAUGCCCAAUGAAUCUUAUGCCUGUGUGUGGGAGCGAUGGAAACACAUACGCCAACGAGUGCACCCUUUGUGCUGAGAGACAGAUUAAAAGCAUGGACAUUUUGGUUGCAAAGGAUGGAAGCUGCGAAGCUUAGAAGCUGCCCAGCAAGAUGGAUCCCAACAAUGGAAAUCUUUUGAUCCCCAUAACCAGCAGAUAAACCAUUAAAAAAAUAAUGGUUCAUUGUGCUACUGAUGUGUCAAAAAUACUAUUCAUUAGUUAAGGAAUGAUCGCUUUCCUGUCUAUGACUAAGAACUUUUAAACUUAAGAAUAGAAGAAUGAAAAGGUCCAAACGAUAUUAAAUGAUGAGUAAAUGCCCUGCUAACGCUAACACAGUAUAGCUUAAUGCGCAAGACUGAUUACUUCACUAAUACUUCAAUUUGGCCGCCAUGUAAGUAUCUAAAGAUUCAGAUACAGUGUAUGAUUAAAAGUUAAAAGUGAGUGUUAACAAUAUCCACUAAAUCAUAUUCUUGGUCUUUUUUUUUGUGGUUGUCGGAAUGUCCCUGAAUGCAUCUCGUGUUCUUGUAAUGAGAAUGCUGAAGCAGUUCGGAAGAAGAACAGACUUGAGGCGUGUUUGUGAGCUGGAGAUUGCAAGGCUUGUUGAUGCGUUCAGGUCAGAAUAAAGUUAUAAAAGUACACCAGA